GAGAGCACACUAUUUCUGCACUGAUAUGUAAGAACAAGUGUUAGUAUUGUCCCUUACGCAACAGGGAUGGUUUCAUUGUGAGGACAGAACUUGUGUCAUGAAGACAGGAAGCUUUCAAACAUCUAGAAAUUCACCGACUAGCGCUUCUCAUUCACCUGUAGGACAGACAACAAGAGCAAGUCCAUUUAGACAGAAGAACAGCAUCAUGACUGAAGUGUACACAGUGGAUUAUCUGAUGUCUACUAUCAAUUCCAGUUUUGGAAAUGUCACUCAGCAUCCAAUGUCACUCUCUAGAUCCUCGCCGCGCCUUGGAAUUGCCAUUCUCUCUGUGGCUUUCAUCAUUGGUUUCCCAGGCAAUGCCUUCAUUAUCUGGACUGUGCUGACGCGCAUGAAGAAACGCACUGUGACUUGUAUUCUUAUUUUGCAUCUGGCCAUAGCGGAUAUGGCUGUAAUCCUCACAGCACCGUUCUUCCUUCAUUUUUUAGAUAAUGACAGCUGGGUGUUUGGGGAAGUUAUUUGCAAACUGUGCCAUUACAUCGGCUGCGUGAGCAUGUAUGCAAGCAAUUGGCUAAUAUCUUUCAUGAGCAUGGACCGUUUUCUAGCUGUUGCUAAACCCUUUACCUCUCAGCUUAUGAGAACAAAGACAGCAGUGAGUGGUAUCAUUUUGGUUAUAUGGCUGGUAGCAUUUCUUUUUUCUAUUCCCAUGCCACUUUAUCGCACUGUGUUGACAUUUCAAACCAGGUUUGUCUGCAUGCCAUUCCACAAAAGUUCUGGGCACCUAGUAUUCCAGUAUCUAUUGGAGACUAUAACAGGGUUUUUAAUCCCAUUCAAUAUAAUUGGUAUCUGUUACCUUUACAUUUGCCUGCGUUUACGUACUGCAAAGUUUCAGAGCAAGCAUAAGACAAAUCGCCUGGUUACCCUCAUUGUUAUAACAUUUUGUUUGUUUUGGCUUCCCUACCAUGUGGUGAAUAUCAUACAGGUAACUGGAGCUCUUACUUCAGGCCCCACAGGACAGAAAUUGAUCAAUGCAGCACGUAAAGCCCGACCCAAUGUGACAGCCUUGAUUUUCCUCAGCAGUAGUGUCAACCCGGUACUGUAUGCAUAUGCUGGUGGAUCCUUUAUCAGAACUGCAGGGUUGGAAUUUAUGGCCAAGCUCUUUGAAGGAACCUCUUCUGAGGUCUCUAGCUUCAGGAAAGUGUCUCAAGCCUUUCGACAAAGGAGUCGUAAUGAGUCGGUCGAGCUUGGAAAACUUGGAGAAAUUCCAGAGGAGAGCAAGAUAUUUUCUACCAAUCCAGCAGAGUGACUUUCUUGUUCCUUUCUAAUGCCAUUCAAAGUGACACAGGAGCAGACCUAUCAAAAUUAUUAACUUAGCAUGGAGAACAACGCUGUACAGUAUUUUGGCUGAUUUGACACAUUCAGCUAGGUGGACUGUUUGUUUACAGGCGUGUUAAAGUGGGUAAAUUUAGGAUAAAUAUGAAUUGUCUUUCAAGUAGCAAUAAUGGUAACUUUUAACAAUUACCUUAUAAGCAAUUUCUAGUAAAUCAAAAAUGUCAUUGAUGCAUAUAUGGUAGCUAACACACGCCAUCCUUUAACGGGAUGGGAUAAAAGUUUUAUUUUUCCAUGUAUAAAGAUUUCAGUAAUCAAUAUCAUCACUGUGAUCUGUCAUAUAAAGCUAAUAUGGUUUAGAACCAUCUUGUUUAGUGAUUGUAUUGAACAUGUUUCCUUUACAACAUAAUGCAAUAAUAUCUUUUAUGGUGCAAGUGACAUUUUUUACCCAUGCCUCCAGGGUCAAUUGUAUUCAUGCAACUAGAGUUAUUUCUAAAGUUAGUGGAAUAUUUCACUUCCAAUCACUCCUGUCUUUAUUCUCCAAGGCACUCUUCUUUUACUGAAGAAAUAAUUCUUGUGGCUUAAUUAUGAGUGAUUAUCUUUAGUUCCUGAAACCCAAAGUCAUUGAUUACGUAAGACUCCUGUCGGACAUUGUUUUAUUGUUCCAGUAUUUUCAGUGUACUAUGAGCUCAGCUGCAAUUGGUGCUUAGAACAGAUGAAUAAAAUAUUCCAAAUCAUUGUUAAAGACUUUUUAGAGGCAUGGAUUGCCAACAGUUCUUGCUCUAGACUUAUUAAAAAGGCCGUAUUAAUCAUCUGUUAUAUUUAA